AUGUCUGACCCUAAAGCCGAUUCGUAUGUUGCCGGUAGCCUUGUCAAUGACCGAAAUGUAAUGGAGGGGAAUCUAAACAAUUCGACAACUGGAGGAGGACCCGACGAGGUUAUAGAGGAUCUAUGUAGUAGCGUACUACCGUUGAGUGGAGAAAAUGAGGAUGGUGGCAGUGAAGGGGGAAAGGGAGAGAAUAUGACUGUCACUCCGAGAACAUAUCAACUGGAAAUGUUGGAGGAGAGUUUGAAGGGAAAUGUCAUCGUUGCGAUGGACACGGGGAGUGGCAAAACACAUGUGGCUGUUCUCCGAAUACUAACGGAACUCGAGCGGAUGGGGCCAGACAAGUUGAUAUGGGUUCUUGCACCUACUGUUGCGCUCUGUAUUCAACACGCCGAAUAUUUCCAAGCCAAUAUCACCUCAGUUUUGAUUAAAUUACUUGUUGGUGCUGAUGGUGUGGAUCGAUGGACAGAGCAAAGACAGUGGGACGCGAUUUUGAGGGAUGUUAAGGUAGUCGUAUCACCCUAUCAGAUUCUCCUGGAUGCCCUUACACAUGGAUUUGUCUGUAUGGAGCGUCUCUCGUUGAUUGUUUUCGAUGAAGCACACAAUUGUCUAAACAAAGCUCCAGGAGCUAAGAUUAUGACAUCUUUCUUUCACCCAAAUAAAUCGAAAGUCCCCCUUCCUCACAUACUGGGCCUUUCAGCCAGCCCUGUUAUGAGGUCUGAUCCGCAAUCCUUGAGCAAAAUUGAGGAGAUCUUGGAUGCCGUUUGCCGCACCCCAAAAAUACACCAAGCAGACCUUCGACUUCGUGUGAAAUUGCCUGUUUUAUCCAUCAUCGACUAUAUUCCAGAGCCAGAACAUAUCAUGACAAAAUCUUGUGCAAGUCUGGGAAAGGUUAUACAAGACCUUAAUAUCUUCGAGGAUCCUGACGUCCUGAGUCUUAAGAGCAGUGAUCUCGAAACAAGUCAGCGAAAGCUGGCAGGAAUACUCAAGAGCUACAAGACGUUUAGUCAAACUCAACUCAGGUCGAUCUAUAACACUAGUAACAAGAUAAUUCUUCCUGAGUUAGGCUCAUGGGCUACAGAUUACUAUAUCUCAGCAGUGGUGACAAAAUACUUGAAAGCAAUGACCGCAACGGAUCUUUUCGCGGUUGUGGAUACAGCAGCUGGUCAAAAGCUCUACAUUGCUAAGGCCCUUGAGAAAGUCCAGCUUUCGCCGUCAGUUCUUACCGUCACUAGCAGUGUUACUAACAAAGCUGCAAGGCUACUAGAGAUUAUUGUGCAGCAGGAGCCCCCUUUUUCCGCCAUUAUAUUUGUCCAAGAGAGAGCCACAGUCUAUGUACUAGCCCAUCUAUUGUCACACCAUCCACUUUUGAAAAAGCGUUUCAAUAUCGGAGCCAUGGUUGGCACUUCCUCAAACAGUAAUCGCACACAAAACGUAGGAGAGCUUGUCGAUCUAGAUCAGCAAAAAGAUACUUUAUCGCGCUUUAAACACGGGAAGAUCGAUAUUUUAAUAGCUACAAACGUGUUGGAGGAGGGAAUCGACGUCAGUGCCUGUAAUUUAGUUAUAUGCUUUAGCAAACCGGCAAACCUGAAAUCAUUUAUACAGAGACGAGGGCGAGCGAGACAACAAGAUUCCAAGCUGGUUCUUCUUGAUGCUGUAGGUGAUGAGAUAAUCGAUUGGCAUGAACUUGAAAAGAACAUGCGAAAGAUGUACGAAGAUGAAAUGCGGGAACUACAACAUAUUUUCGAAACUGAGAAUGCUGAUGAGCAGUCAGAAGAUGGCAGGUUUCUACGGAUAGAAAGCACUGGUGCUCGCUUGGAUCUUGAUAAUGCUGUAGCACAUCUACAUCAUUUCUGUUCAGUCUUGCCAGCAAAAGAAUUCUUUGAUCGGAGGCCAGAAUUUGUUUACUCCUCUGAUUUAGGAUCUAAAUAUAUCCAGGCGAAAGUCAUCCUCCCUCCGUCGGUUUUCGGAGCUCUGCGAGUCCAUAAGAGCCCCGGGCUUUGGUUGAGUGAGAAAGGAGCUGCAAAGGAUGCAGCAUUCGAGGCGUAUGUCGCAUUACACAAAGCAGGAUUGGUGAAUGACAAUCUACUGCCUCUGAUGGUACACGACAAAGUCAUCGAUGAGUUAACUUUGAAGCCCGUGGAUACUCGUGCAUCUACGUUGGAGGUAAGGGAGAGGUUAGAUCCAUGGCUUGACGUUGCCAGGGAAUGGAAAGAGGCAGAGCACAAUCCUGGAAUUGUUCGUACAUCGCUCAUGAGCUUAGAUGGUUUAAAAAUGGAGCUCUGUCUUCCAUUCGAGCCACCACCAAUAUCUCCAUUGAAGCUUUAUUGGGAUGCCAACACUGAAUUCUCUGUUGAUUUUACGAAUAACACCAAAGUGGGAACCAGCGAGACUACGAUGGCUCAGGCAUUGAACGAUACCUAUUUACUCUUGUCAGGUGCCUUCGGCCGUAGGUUCGCUAUCCAGCCACGUCGAAUGGUUACACAAUUUUUGGUACAUCAAGCUUCAGUAUCACUCAGUCUAGAUUACCGACAAAUUCAUCUCGAUGAGCCUUUCCAGAACACAGGAUUCGUGAGGAGAUCAUUGGAACCAGCCCAGCCUUAUAUCUUUAAAAAGUGGUUGCCCAGUAAGCCGUCAAUUGACGAAGUCCAACACACUUUGGGCUAUCUAGAUGCGCCUGUAGAUGUCCCACAUCUAGCUUUAACUUUAGUGAGUCGACGUGCAGAUUUUUUACACCAGAUAAAAAAUCAAAGUUCUUCGGUAUCUUCAAAACAGUUCUCGUAUGUCCUUCCAGCUUCGACAUGCGUGCAAGAUGCAAUGCCGUCUCAAUUACUACAGUUCGGCAUGAUGAUACCUUCCAUCACACAUCAUAUCGAGAUACAACUUAUAGUAGAUCGUCUAUCCAGAACCAUUCUCAAGGAUCUCGAGAUCAACGAUCGGAGCCAUAUUCAAGCAGCUAUCACAACUUCUAGUUACGACGGAAAUUUGAAUUAUCAACGUCUAGAAUUUCUAGGUGACACAAUACUAAAGUUAUGUACAUCGGUACAAUUGAUGGCAGAAUUUCCCCGUUGGCAUGAAGGGUAUUUGUCCCUAAUGAAGGAUCGCAUCGUGUCGAACUCACGAUUAUCAAGAGCAGCAGUAGAAGUUGGCCUGGAUGAGUAUAUCAUCACUAAAGCAUUCACAGGUCUCAAGUGGCGCCCUUUGUAUGUCGAAAACUACCUAAAUAUAACAGAACCAAAAACAAGACAAAUGUCCUCCAAAACUCUUGCCGAUGUAGUGGAGGCACUCAUUGGUGUAUGCAUGAUCGAUGGCGGGAUCCCCAAAGCCCUCAAAUCUCUGCAACUAUUCUUCCCCGAACUCAACUGGCUACCUCUCGAAACCCGACAAAUAUCGCUCCAUCAACGAGCUCCAGAUAAUCUCAACCUACCCAUAACACUGCAACCCGUCGAACAAAUUCUAGCAUAUACCUUCACCAAAAAAUCGCUCCUCAUUGAAGCCAUGACUCACCCCUCCUACAGCAUCGGCUCGCAAUCCCUCGAGCGCCUCGAAUUCCUCGGCGAUGCUAUUCUAGACUACGUCAUCGUAACAUCCAUGUGGUCCCACGAAACCGAGCUUUCGCAUUUUCAAAUGCAUCUCUUGCGUUCAGCUCUCGUUAAUGCGGAUUUCCUCGCCUUUCUUUGUAUGGAAAUGAGUAUUGAGCAAGACGUUACCAAUCUUACACAAGGAAACGAUGGUACGAUCUAUGAAACCCCCACGAGACGUCGAGUCCCUCUAGCUGGUUUCCUCCGCCAUUCGAGCCAUGAUUUUUCCAUAUAUCAAAAGCAAGCCUGGUCUCGACACCGUGAGCUUCGCGAGCAGAUUUUGGCGGCCAUUUAUACGGGAACUAAAGUUCCCUGGGCAUUGUUAUUAAGAUUGGAUGCGAAAAAAUUCUUUUCCGAUAUGAUUGAGAGUUUACUGGGCGCAAUAUGGAUUGAUAGUGGAUCGAUGGAGGUAUGUACGGCGAUUGUGGAGAGGAUGGGGGUACUUAAAUAUAUGAGGAGGAUUAUAAGAGAAGGGGUCGAGAUAAUGCAUCCGAAAGAGGAGUUGGGGUUAGUAGCAGGGACCGAGAAGGUCAAGUAUGUAAUGCGAAAUAGAAAUGAGGGAGUGGAAGGAGAGGCAGGAGAGGCAAGUAUAGAGUAUCUAUGCAAGGUAUUUGUGGGAGAAAAGGAAAUCGUGGAAGUGGGAGGUGGGGUUAGGAAAGAGGAAAUUCAGGCGAAGGCGGCGGAGAAAGCGGUAGAGAUUCUGAGGGCAAGUGCAAGGGACAAGGGAAUGGAAAAUGUUGAGGAGGGUGAUAUGAUGGGUAUCGAUUAA